UCGGUGUGGUUGGCGUUGGGAUCGGUGGUGGAGUCGUUGGGGGUGGUGGUGUUGGAGGAAACGAGAUCGGAGGUGGAGGAGGAAGGGCCGGUUCGGGUGGUGGUGGUGGUGGUGGAAGUCGUUCGAGGGACGAGCCGAGAAGGCACACCCUUGGUGGCGAUCAUCAACCCUCUCUUCAUCAUCAGCAGUUCAACGCCGGGGGCCAACAGUUACACCCCCUUCAUCCCCGUCACUUGCCACCACCUCACAGCCAAUACGGCACCAUGGAUCUCGAGAUGGGGACCAAGUCUCGCCAGAGAAAGUCGCCUCUUCUGCGCGGUUACACGCCACCCUCGUCAACGAUGCUAUUCGACGAUGAUCCAGGCAUCAUGUCCGAAGUUGAGACCUCCAGUACUGGAUUUCGAAGGGGUGGAAAACAAAGAAGUAGCCUACCCGUUGUCCGAACUCCGAGUAAAACUUUGGAGCGACCAUUAGACGAUUCCCCAGGACUGGUGUUCCUACAGUACAGGAACGAGACGAAGAGGGCACUUCUCCCAAACGAAAUAACCAGCAUAGACACUGUAAAGGCUCUCUUCGUCAGAAGCUUUCCAAAACAGUUAACUAUGGAAUAUCUCGACAGUCCACAUGUAAAGGUUUACAUACACGAUAGUAACAAGAACGUCUUCUACGAGCUAGAAGAUCACAGGUUACAUCUACGAGAUAUCAGGGAUAGAAGCGUGUUAAAACUUUUCGAAAGUGCCGAUGGAGUCGCUGGAAUGCCUGGUCCAUUGGGUAUACCAGGUGGUGGAGGAUUGCCACCUCAUUGGGAGGAUCAAAGUUAUUUCAGUGAGCCCGAAUUCGACAGCGAGUAUCAGCAUCAACAUAUUCACAAGAGCAAGACAGCGAAAAAUUCAAAUUCCGGUAGUGGUGGAUAUUACGUUGGUGGCAGUAGUACUUUACCACGAGGUGGACCUCUUUUAAGGGCGUAUAGUCCAGCAGCAUCGUCGGUAGUAGCAGGACCAAAUGCAACCCCAACACAACCGAAGCCAUUAUCUACACCAGGUGGUGGCGCGGUGCCGCCAGCCAAGCCGCUUCGCAGCUACCAGUGCGGCAAAAAUCCCCUUGGAAGUCUUGGGGGCUCUGCUCGUUUCUCUAGAGACAGCUCGGUCUCCCUCUAUAGUAUACCAGAUCGAUUGCACGGUGAGAGUGGUUACAUGAGCAGUCCGGAACGAGGUGGUGGUGUUGGAUCUGCUACCGGAAGGUAUCCACCUGGUCCCUAUAGCACCGGUAGCAGCUACGAAGAGCCUUAUUAUUCGCAGUAUUCCGGAACAGUGACACCUGUCAUCGACGAAGAAGCAAGUUGUGGGUGGUGCAGCGAUACGGAGCUAUUGGAGGAAUCUUACAGCCUCUACGGCGUGAAACCACCAGGUCGACCACCUUCUGGACCCCCUCGAUCUCCGUUCAUACCACCAUCGGCAGCCCCUAUACCCACUGGACAGAGCUACGACGCUACUCGGAUAAGAGUGGAGCACAUGGAAAGACAGUUGGCUAAUCUGACGGGUCUGGUUCACAAGGCUUUGACACAUGCACCACAUACGAGUCCAUCACCAAGAGACUACUUACAGGUUCCUGCGGGUCGUGACCCUUAUGCGCGAACUACAGGCGCCGGGGAUGAGUUCGACAAACAUUCUAGCUCCAGCUCUGCCUCACUGCCAGUCUGUCAAACUACCGUUACAGAUGACUCGUUCUUAAGGACAGACGUUAAACCACCGAAAUUAGGCAAAGACAAGUCGGUGUCCUUUGAAAAGUCAGUGUCCUUCAGUGACGAGCCGCCAGAUAUGAAUUCACCAAAACAACAUUCCCCCCAACACGCAGCGGAUACAAAGCCUACGAAACCGGCAAUCAAAUCCUCCACGUUGCCGAGGAUGUCUUCGCAAGAACGAGAGAGACAUAAGCCAACUCCACCACCUAAGCCAGCAGCCUUGGUAGCUGGUCAAUACGUUUAUCGUGAUUUGGCCUUGACACCAGAGAUGUAUAAUCAAUUAAGAGGAUUACAGAAAAAGGCUAAGGAUCUUCGACAGGACGUAAAGAAUCUCAGACGUUUGUCACAAUCUCAGGCGCAUACUGUACGAGAAACUAUCAGGGAUACUUUUAUCACUAUCAGAGCGAUGUUAUUGUCCGGUGGAGACGCAGCUUGGGCAGCUGGUGAUGCAGAAAAAGUUCGACUCAGUCGAGAGGAAGACCUCUACAAACAGGAAAUGCUUAGGCUGGAAAAAGAUCUUACCGAGCUCGAGAGUACGGUGGAGGAACUUCGUGGUAACGUCAUCAAUAGAAAAACACGUGUGAAUAUGUCAGACGUCGAGAAUAUGGCAUUGAUAUUAAAUAAAUCGAGCAAAGCCGUGGCGGAUUUAAAGGUACGAUUUCCAAGUCUACAAGAAGGUAUGAAGGGUCUUCUAAGUUCCGAAAUGGAGAAAAUCGUACGCGAAGAGAAGUUCCUAAAGGAAGAGCCUGAGAGAUUGGAGUCUGCGUUGAGACGUUGCAAGAAGUUGACUGGAACACUCGUUACGCUGAAACGCUUGGCCUCGGUGCAAGAGCAGCGAUUACCAAAUGCAACAAGCGUGGAUGCCGAAGAGACCCCACCAAUAACACCAACCUCAGCGCAACAUUCCAAGGCAGCUGCCCCUGUGCCAGCGGAACGCACUGUCUUGGGGUCAGCGAGCGUCCUCGGGGGAGGGAGCCACCCUCACGAACCAUCCACCACCCAUCAGCAGCGUCCGGAGAACGCACUCGACGCUUUGUUAGACGAACUGCAGACUUUUUCAAGGCCAGGCUCGCAAAUGGGUCAGACGCCACCUGCAGCUGCAGCUGUGAUACAACAACAGCAGCAGCCGUUAUUAGUAGGACAAGUGACAGCAACGGCAACGACAACAAUAACAGGACCAGGACCAGGACCAGGACCAGGGCCAGGACCAGGUACAAUGGGACGAGCACCCUGCAUUUCAGAGAUUGGAAGAAAGGGAAGCGUCGAUUCUUCGAGCGGUAUCCUGGCAAGUAAUCUCGUCGGUGGUUUGACCAUUUCAAGCGGAGGACUUGGCCAAAGUGGAACUUUACGUCGUCUUCAUUCGUAUCCGUCUAGUUCCGAUACGGAUACAUCGCCACCCAUAGCCAGACUUCAAGUGUCCCUUCAAGAACAGCCAGGAUUACCGCAAGCAUUAUUGCCAGGCCAAAAACCACCAGUGCCUGAGCGCAACGCCGAAUUACUUCAAUUGGCAAGUGCGAGAAGAGUACCACCGCCGCCACCACCGCGAACUAGUUCCAGAUCACCCUUGGCUAGUCCAACGAGUCCGCAAUUACCACCGAGAAAUCAUCAGUCGUCGUCAUCCUCGUCGUCGUCUUCUUCGUGUACCGUGGCGCAACAAUUAUCCACCGGUAUUGGUAACGCUUCGAUCCCAGUAAUGACAAGUUCAACGGGAACCCUACGAAGACCCUUAUCUCGUGGUAAAGAAGGAGGAGGUACACUUGGUAAACCGCCUAUGGCUUUACCAACGUCCGAGGUCGAUGGUACUCCUAUUUCCAGCACUGUAUUAUCAACGAGUAACUCGAGCUCCUGCGAAAGUGUCAAUUCGCAGGAAGGUCUGCAAAGCAAGAGAGGUAGGCAGGAACAAUUGGAACAACGUCAUCAAGAAUUAUUACGUAAACAGAAGGCUUUGCAAGAACAAUACGCGAGACUCCAGCAAUUGCAAAGAAACGCGGCUGGUUUGGCAACGGUACCACCGGCCCCGCCGGAUCUCUUAAAGAAAACCGGCUCGGAAAGUAAUCUAUUGGCAAAGAUGGGAUUAGGAAUGAGCGCUGCUAGUUCUGGCUCGUUAACGAGUCUGAGCGUUAAAACUGCAACCCUUGGAAGGGAUGCCGGUAAUACCGCUGCCGGUGCGACUACACUCAAUUCAGAUUUAUGUAACUCACGAACGAGAUUCGAAGGAUCAUCAUCGCUCGAGCCAAGCCUUGUAUUAGCUAUUUCGAACACCGAUAACGAUCAUCACGCGAAAAUGACAAAUCUGGUAACUACGAUCGAUAGCAACAUCCCAACGACGAGUACAACCUCCAACGCCUCCAAUACCAACACCACCACUACCAUCAACACCACUACCACCACCACCACCACCACCACCACCACCACCAUUGCUACUACCAACACCAAUACCAACACCAAUGCCACUACCACUACUACCAGCAAGAUCUAUGAAACGGACAUUCUGUGACCGAAAAGACGGUUACUUUUAUCUUCUAAACCAUUAGAGCUAAUCGAAAUCGUUCUCGCGAGUUAACGUCGUCGUCGUCGUCAUCGUCAUCGAAAAAUAAUGAAAAAGACCAAGGAAAGUGAAAGGGAAGAAUCUCGAAUAUAUCUCCCCUCUCUCUCCCUCUCUCUUUCUCUUCCUCUCUCUCUCUCUCUCUCUCCCUCUCCCCUCUCUUCUCUUUCUCUCUCUCUCUCUCUCUCUCUCUCUCUCUCUAGUAAUAACAUUUCGAUUAUUAUAAAAUUUUGUUCGGUCGUGAUACGUUCGUGCCAAAUAAUGGGAAAAAAUGAAUGAAAAAGAAAAAAAAAGAAAUCUAAAGGGAAAAAAAAGAGAAGAGACACAUCAUAAAAAAGAGAAGAGAUAGACUGAUAGACAGACAGAGAGAGAGAGAGAGAGAAAGAGAGAGAAAUAAAAAGAGACAAGGCGUAGAUUUUUUUAAAAAACCGACAUAUUUUACUCUAACAUCCUCUUUCGUACGUCGUCGUUAGAACGUACGUGAAAAAAUAAAUAAAUAA